CAGUCGGCCACCGCGCUCACCAUCGAGCACGCGACAUUCAGCUCGCGGGGAUUCCCGACGCGUUUCCCGUCGCUCGACGUGCCCGAUCACCGAGCCCCGUUCGCUCCGCUCGAACCAGGAUACGUGGAUAGUGAGUCACAGGUGCUACGCAGCUAUCUGGGAUAGAAAUCGUGCUUCUCCAUUCUCUCGUUUCGGUGGAUCGAAUUGUGAACCGAUCGAUCGGCUGACACCGGUUUCUCGUCGGGCUCCUGAGCGUUCGCGCGCAUGUCGAUGAUUCCUCGUCCAGUGAUUCGGGGACAGUGAGGGUACUCUCGCGGAGAAGGGGUAUCCCGACGGUGACAGUGAGCAGAUCCCGUGAAUUUUCUGUGCAUUCGGACGUGGCGAGGCGAUCACCGACGACCCGAGCAACUGGAUCGACCCGGACGACCACAAGAGAAGGCAAGCAGCCGGAAGUUGGUUCACACAGAAAUUCUUCGAAGAACCUCAGUAACCUAAGAAGAAAGGCCUAAGAGGAAUUUCGACGUAGCUUAAGAAGAAAUAAAGAUAUCCUACGAAUCUGAAGUCUAAAAGAAUCUCAAAGAAAUUUAAACAGAAUCUGAAACUAACUUAAAAGGAAGAACUAGCCUAAAAAGAAGAAUUUCAAAGUAGUCGGAAAAGAAGAAUUUCAAGAUAGGCAAACAAAAAAGAAGAUAGUCGAAGAAUUCCAAGGCAGCCAGAAGAGUAAAGUCGCGAAGUGAAAGAGGAGUUCAUUUUAAAGUGCAAGGGUGGAAGUUGAAGUAAUUGGUGAAGGAACAUUAACAACGGUCGUGAAACACGGUGACACGGAGGGGGUUUUACAUGCGUCAUCGUCGUGCGGGUACAAAUCGCACGCGACGAAACGCUUCGACGGCAGUACACGUGCGUAACGACGCGCUCGAUCGUUUCAGCGUAUCACGCGGUUUCGAUCCUCUCUCAAGGAUACGUGGUGAUAAAUGCGGUGCUGGAGAUGACGUCCUCCGCGUUCUCCAAAAUGGUUACCCGGCUCGUCCUCCUGGGCCUCCUCGUCGCGUGCAACGGUGUACCUGUAACGGAGGAACCAGAUGUCACGACAACGAUUAAAGCGUUUAGUACUACGAUAGAGAACACGGUUUCCGAUGAUCCUGAAAUUCAAGGACAUCUGAUGGACGAUGUCCUGCCGGGAACGAAGGCACCACCGAAUCCGGUGAUAUUUGUGGAUGUACCGGAACAUACAGAAACGGAACUGGGCUCGUCAGUGCUGCUCGCAUGCAGAACCGCUAAUCCUGUGGCAGAGUGCCAAUGGUCCUGGCAACCUUUGCCACCGGUUCAUUUGCCACUUCCGGAUAUCAGUGAAAGCCCAGCCACUUCGACAACCACCACGGUCUCGGUGAUUCAGACGACAGCCACGCCGACUACCAAUCCGUUGCCGGUACAACAAUUUCCUGCCUUCGGGAACAAUAGCAACGACUGUUCCGUGAGAUUCUCGAGCACGAAGCAUGAACAGACCGGAUAUUGGACCUGCGCUGCAAGAUCCUCCAAGAAUGAUUCUUUCACCAGCACGGAACCUGCCAAGCUAAGCAUCAUUAACGAAAAUCAAGGUUCGAUGGUGGUGUUUUCGAAGCUUGAUAACGUGGUCGAGAUACCAGCAGGAUCAACAGCGCAACUAAUUUGCCAGACAAAGUCACCUGUUCGAGAAUGUCAAUGGUCCUGGCGGCAACUGAAUCAAUCUCAGCCAUGGAAUCUGGAGAUGAAACGGUUUCCAGCUUUUGGAAACGACAGCACAGACUGCAGUAUUAAGUUCAAGAAUGUCUUGGUAGAGCAAGAGGGACACUGGACCUGUGGUGCCAGAAUUAGCCCUAAUUCUUCGUUCACCUUGUCGAAUCCUAUUCGAUUUCUGAUUUCAGAAGUCGAGUUCGUGCAGUUGUCCAGAGGGAUCCAGAUAGCGCCCGGUGAAUCCGCGCUGCUCCGAUGCCUGGUAAACAAGCCCGUGGUGCAGUGCGAAUGGUCCUGGAGGUCCACUAAUUCCAGUCAAGAGCCCUUAUUAGUCAAGAAGUUCAAUCCAAAUAAAGAAACCGAUCACGAUUGCUCGGUCCGGUUCAAGAACAUCUUAUACGAGAAGGAAGGGCUCUGGACCUGCGGUGUCAGAUUAUCACCAGAUGGAAUUCUUCACGAAGCACCUCCCGCUACGGUCAGCCUCCUGCCAACAGCCAAAGUCAACUUCGUUGAAAUGCCAACGGACACUUCUGUCCCGAUCGGUACGGAGGCCACGUUGAAAUGCGUAACGAGCAGCCGCGUCGAAAAAUGUACAUGGACCUGGAAGCCGCUGCGCGGAAGCGAGCCCGAGAUGGUUGUUCAAGAAUUCCCUAGCAACGGUGACCUUGGGAGAGACUGUUCACUAACUAUUGCUCAAGUGUACGCGGAGAAACAGGGUCAAUGGGCCUGUCAGGUGUCCAUAAGCUCUCUGAACACGGUACUGACUUCGCCUUAUGUCAAACUCAUCGCUUUCGAGCAAGACGAGGUGAAAUUCUCGGAGUUAUCACAGGACAUCCAAAUAGCCAAAGGCAGCAGUGUCCUCCUCCGUUGCAUGACAUCCUCCGCGGUAGAACAGUGUCGAUGGUCUUUGACCCCAGUGAACUCGAACACCACAGUGGUGGUAAAACAGUUUCCCCCGAUCGGAAACGAGGAUAGAGACUGCAGUGUCAGGUUAUUUUACGCUCUAGAGGAACAGGAAGGACUAUGGACCUGCGGCGCCAGGAUACGUGGUAGCCAAAACUACACUGAUGCUCCUCCAGCCAAGCUGAGUUUGCUGGAACCAGAGCCAGUGUCCAUGGCAUUGUGGGCAUCGCCCCAUCAAACCGUCGUUCUUACAUGCAAAGUUGAAAAGAUGUUGUCGGACGUAGAGUGCCGUUGGAUACAUCCACCUAAGACUCAUAUUUAUCAAAAUACGAGUAAAAGCAGAAGGUACAAUUUGCAAAUGGAUCGCAGAACGGGGGUGUGUAUGCUGGAGUUCAAGCCAGAUCAUACGGAUUUAGGACAGUGGAUAUGCAGCUUUAUUGUUUCGAAAGAAAAUUCGGAGGAGGAAGUUGGGAGCACUUCUAUUCUUUUGUUAAAUAGUUUAGGAAAUGAAAAGCUGGGGUGGAUAGUGGGUGCACUGACAGCUCUCACGUUGUUUCUGAUGAUUAUAAUAGUAGUUCUAGUAGUCUGUAAAACACGUUUGUUCGUCCGGAAAUCGUCUCGAAUUUUAGAAACCAUGCCAGGAUCAGGAAAGCAGAGUUCGCAGCUGAACAACGAAAGGUACUCCGAAAAUGCAGGGAAAGAUCUUCAAGUUUCAGAACGAGAUCAAAACGUGACUAACAUCGAUUGCGUUCUUCCAAACAGAAGCCCACAUUUAUACGAUCAUGUUAGUAAACAGAGAAAAUCGUCUAAAGUGUACGAAAAUAUGAAAAUAUGAUAAACUUGAAUGUUCGAGUUCAAACUAAUGCACAGUGAAAAUUCCUGAUGCAACUUGUUAUUUAAUUACUGCGAAAGUAAGAAGAACUUGAAUGCAAUGGGGUUUUUUAAAAAAGUAAAUAA